AUGCGACCCAACUGGUUUCUCGCCCUGGCAGCUUGUGUUCCGUUUGCCCUGGCCUCGCACGAGUACUCUGUCCUGGCCAGGGACGGCGGAGACGACAAGCCGCCGCCCAAGGACGGUGGCUGUCUUCGCUCGUGCUUCAACGACAAGCCCGCCUGUCCUAAGGGCAUGGAUGCACAGAAACUGCGCCCUCAGAAGCGGGCUGUAUUCCGCGCGGAGCCUACUGCUGUAGGGCCGAGGGCUGCAACCGGUGCUGCCCUGGCGCCCUAG